AUGACACAAAAAGGUGUUGUUUCAUAUAUUUCACCAGGAAUUUAUGGUCGAGGUGUCGCUUUGGUUUUCAACGGUGUCCAAUAUUUGACAGCAUCUUCUCCAUAUCUUGAUACAACGUCAAAUGGUUUUACUUUUGAAAUGUGGAUUUAUANUCUCGAUCCCGUCCAUACUACUGUUGCAGCAAGUACUGCUGUUGUCUUUGAAUCAUAA